UAUGUGGCAGCGCUGGAUCAAACUGACACCGAAGUUGGAAAAUGUAAGAGUGCCACGUUGUUAUUUCCCCAACUACACUACCGGCAGCUACAAUUCACUUCAGCUGCAUGUGUUCGUGGACGCCAGUGAGCUGGCCUACUGUGCUGCGGCCUAUUUUAGAAUCGUUGACGGAGAUACUCCCCGCUGCGCUCUGGUGGCAGCUAAGGCCAAAGUUACACCUUUAAGACCACAAUCCAUACCUCGAAACGAGCUGGGCGCUGCAGUGAUUGGUUCUCGGUUGCUGAAGUCUGUAGAAGAAAGUCACUCACUGCAAAUUACCGAAAAGUUCCUGUGGACCGAUUCUUCGACUGUUAUGGCCUGGCUCCGUGCGGAUCCACGAAAAUAUCGCCAAUUUGUCGGUUUUAGAAUAGCAGAAAUUUUGACGAAUACUUCGGUGGAAGACUGGCAGUGGGUUCCUUCCCGUGACAACAUAGCCGACCAAGGAACCAAAUGGGGUAAUGGUCCCAACUUCGAUCCAGAUGGUUUGUGGUACAAAGGACCCGAAUUCUUGUACCGACCAACAGAAGAAUGGCCGAAACAAAAACCCUGCUUGGAGUCACCCAAAGACGAAUUACGGUCGGUAAACGUUCAUCGUCAGUCUGACGAUGAUUUUGUAGUCAACAUGGAAAGUUUCUCGCGGUGGGAUGGGCUACUCAACCGAGUUGCUUAUAUGUAUCAUUUCGUGCACCGCUUCAAGCGCUUCAAACGGGAACCGGUGGAAUCUAGUGAAUCCUGUGGUGAUCUGAAUCGUGAUGAUUAUGUGUCGGCGGAAGCAGCCAUUUGGCGGGCUGUGCAGCGACAGGUGUUUGCGGAAGAAAUUCAAGCGCUUAGAAGCAGUUCUGAGCUUUCAUCGAAGCAGUGGAAGCGUAUCGGCAAGGGAAGUGUCCUAGCGAAGCUAUCACCGGUGAUCGAUGAGUCCGGUGUUCUCCGGAUGGCGAGCAGAAUCGACCCUCAAGCGGCUUAUUAUUCGUUCGACUUUCGAAAUCCUGUGAUAAUACCAAGAGAUCAUCAUGUCACCACUCUUUUGAUCCUGCGAUUUCACCAAAAGUACGGCCAUGCCAAUACCGAGACUGUACUGAACGAGCUCAAGCAACGUUACUACAUCCCCCGGAUGAGAGCCAGUGUGAAGAAGGCGAUUAAAAGCUGCAUGUGGUGUCGUGUUUAUCUGGCUAGACCACAGGCUCCAAAAAUGGCCCCACUCCCCCAGCCCAGGGUUAAACCCUAUGUACGACCGUUCACCUUCACAGGGCUGGACUACUUCGGACCACUGCUGGUCAAACGAGGACGUAGCGACGAAAAAAGGUGGGUCGCGCUUUUCACCUGCCUCUCGGUGAGGGCGUUGCACCUAGAAGUGGUGCAUUCUUUAUCGGCAGAAUCCUGCAGGAUGGCAAUUCGGCGGUUUGUCGCUAAGCAUGGUCCUCCUCAAGAGAUAUUCAGCGACAAUGGGACGAACUUCCGCGGGGCAGCCCGAGAGUUGGAAGAAGAAACUAAUGCAAUCAAUAAGGAGUUAGCGAGCUACUUUACCAACAGCCAUACACAAUGGCACUUCAACCCCCCUUCUGCCCCCCAUAUGGGCGGGGUUUGGGAGAGGAAAGUCCGGUCCGUGAAGGAGGCGUUCAAGACUCUCUCGCACCAUCAAAGGCUAGACGAUGAAGGACUGCGAACAUUGCUCUCGGAAGCAGAAUUGAUAGUCAACUCCCAUCCGCUGACGUUCGUGCCGCUGGAGGAUCCCAACGAAGAAGUGCUGACUCCAAAUCAUUUCCUUUGGCUAAGUUCCGGCGAGGACAGCAAACCACCAAGGGUACCAAUCGACGAUGUUACACCUCUUCGACCAAACUGGAAGGUUAUUCAACACUUAACAAACCAGUUUUGGAAGCGCUGGGUGCAAGCUUACCUACCUACUAUAGCCUGCAGGACGAAAUGGUUCGCGGAAACGCGGCCGCUGAAGGUCGGCGAUCUAGUGGUCAUCGUAGACGAGUCCGUGCGCAACGGAUGGCUCCGAGGUAAGGUGGUGAGGACUUAUCCAGGACGAGACGGACAAGUUCACAAGGUCGACGUGGAGACUUGCGACGGAUCUACUCUUCAAAGACCAGCGGUAAAGGUUGCUCUGUUGGACGUGCAGGAGGAGAGUAAAGUCGAUUGACUACGACGUUACGGGUUGGGGUGUUAGUAGAACUGGCAACCUUGGUACGGGAUCGGACAAACGUCAACGCGUUGGCGCCGAAAAAGAAUUGUCAUUGUUAGAAAAUUGAUCGAAACUGCGACACGUUUUUUCUUGACCUGGCAGUUAGUUAGUUUGUAGUGAAUUGUUUUUAGCGAAAACAUAGGUGGAAGCUAUUUGGCCAGUUGCGCGUGAUUUUUGUGCUCGCGGUUUAGUGAGUCGGAAGAGGUUAGGUGAUAGAAAUUCCUUACUGCGCAAUUUGCCACUAAAAUAUUGUAUUUCCUUUGAUAGUUUGAGUGACCGUUCGGUUGUUCCGGUUAGGUGUACCGGGUUGAGCUCAAUUAGAGCGGUAGGAAAGAAAAAGCGUAAGUACGCAAGUGUACUUUUUAUUUACCCGAAGAUAAAUAUGAUUUUCGUCCAUUAGCUUCAAAUAGCCGGUGAUAUCCGACGGUUUAGGGUUGCCAGAGCUAGAGCUUAGGGUAAACGGCGAAACUUAUUUGUAAGUUAAUAAGAGAUUGUUUACAUUAUCAUCAUUUAAUAAUAAAUGUAUUUACAGUCGAGUUCGUUCGCAUACAACGUACUACGGAACAGUUUUUA